GCGAGCGCGCUGGGCAGUCGAGACAUCACCACCUCCACCCCACCGAAAGCUCGCCACUCUCCUACUCCCCCCUCCCCCACCCCUCCAUCCAUCCAUCACGAGCUAGCCCAGCUGCCGCAGCAGCUAUGGCGUCGCCUCCAGCCGACGUGGACCUGGGUAAGCUCAGCUACGAGAUCUUCUCCCUGCUCGAGAGCAAGUUCCUCUUCGGCGGAGCCGGCUCCGUGCCGGGCACGCCGGCGCGGGCGGCCGCAGCCGCCGGGGAGGACAGAGGCCGGGUCCGCGUGCUGGCGAUCGACGGGUGCGGGCCGGGCCCCGGCGACGCGCUGCUGGCGGCGGUCGCGCUCGCGAGGCUGGAGGCCGCGCUCCGGGAGCGCGCGGGGGACCCCGACGCCCGCGUCGCGGACUUCUUCGACGCGGCCGCGGGGGCCGGCGCCGGGGGCGUGCUGGCGGCGAUGCUGUUCCUCAAGGGGGAGGACGGGCGGGCGCGGUACACGGCGGCGGACGCAUUGGCGUUCGUGGCGGCGAGCCUCGGUAGGAAGCAGGGAGGGUGGGGCGGCGACGGCGGCGGCGGGCGGCGGAGCAGGUGGGCGGCCCUGCUGUUCCGGCGCGGGGAGCGGUCGUCCCCGCUGCGGCGGGUGUUCGGGGACGCCACGCUCCGGGACACCGUCGCGCCGCUGCUGGUGCCCUGCUACGACCUCGCCACGGCGGCGCCCUUCCUCUUCUCCCGCGCCGACGCCGUCGAGAGCGACAGCUUCGACUUCCACCUCCGCGACGUCUGCGCCGCCACCUGCGCCGGCGGGGCCGCCGCCGCCGCCGUCCGGUCCGUGGACGGGCGCACGUCCAUCGCCGCCGCGUCGGGAGGAGUGGCGGCCAUGGGCAACCCCGCCGCGGCCGCCAUCACGCACGUGCUCCACAACAAGCAGGAGUUCCCGCUCGCCGCCGGCGUCGACGACCUCCUCGUCGUGUCCAUCGGCUCCGGAUCCUCUGCCGGCGCCGGCGCCGCCGCAAGCGCCACCCCGUCCGCCGGCUGGCGAACGCCCAUGCCUCCGCGCUCGCCGUCGCCUGCCGAGAUGGUCCGCCUCACCGCCGAGGGCGUCGCCGACAUGGUCGACCAAGCAGUGGCCAUGGCGUUCGGGCACACGUGCGGGCGCAACUACGUUCGCAUCCAGGCGGCGUCGCCGGCGUGCUCCGGGAAGAAGUCGGUGGACCCGAAGAAGGCGGUGGCGGUCGCCGACGGCAUGCUGACGCAGCGGAACGUGGAGGCGGAGCUGUUCCGUGGGCGGCGGCUGUCGGAGAAGUCGAACCGGGAGAAGCUGGACGCGUUCGCGGCGGAGCUGGUGAAGGAGCACGAGCGGCGGGCGCGCAGCCACGGCCUGCCCAACGUGGUGAUCAAGCAGGCGCCCACGGCGGCGGGGGCGGCGACGCCGCGGCCGUCGUCGGCCACCACCGCCUCCUCGGCCACCGCCACCGGCCGAACCGCCUCCACCAUGCCGUCGCCGGCGUCGCAGGGCUCGUACAGCCACUAGCGGGCCGCCGCCGCGCCGCCCGUUCUAAGUUUUGUACAUGCCGUGGACGACACAGAGGAAAGGGGCGCUAUUCUCUUCUUCCUUCUGUUUUUUUUUUCUCUCUUCCAUGUUCACGGGUCACUGACACGUGAGCUAGGCCGGCAACUGAGCUUAAACUAAGUUAUGUCACGGGGGAAGUAACUUAUAUAUGUGAAAAUUGGCGAAGAAUCGGCUCGAGCGGAUCCUAUUGAGUUCCAUGCA